CGGUUCACUCACCUGAUCAGUGACGACGGUCGAGAGGGAAAGGAACAGAUCGAUGGCGCCGUCGCUUUCGCUCCGAUCCGGCGGCGGAGGCGGCGGUCGCCGAGUCUCAACUCGAUCUCAAGACGAGGGCGCGGGUGGAGUCGAGUCGGGGCCGAGCACCUUGGUAAUCUCGUGUGUAGCGGGCCCAGAUGUCGGUGAGUCUUGAGUUCCCCAUCUUUUGGGCCGAACCGAAUCACCCAGCUUUUGGACGGGUGCCUCCGGUGCCCAGAGUCCGGAGCAUUUCCGACUGGCCUCCGCACAGACUCCACCGCGCAAGUGACGACAAGGCGUCGCCACCACCGCUGCCGCCACGGCUCGCCGUCAGACCAGGCUCCAAUGGCGCGCCGCCGCGUGCUGCUCUUCCUCAAGCCCUUCGACGUAUACCCUCCCCGCCCGUACGUCGGGGCCGCGGCCUCCUCUCCCACCUCUGCGCCCUCGACGCCGCCGCAACCGCGCGCCGCCAGCCCCAAGAUCCUGAGCUAUCUGGAUGAUAGGUGCAGAGUUCACAAGGACACAAUUGAUCUUUGCCAGAGUGUCUUGCAGCGCAAGUCCCUUGACUGGAUUUCUGUGCAGCGCAAUCAUUUGUCUCAGCCAAUACGUGAUGUGGAUCUUGUGAUUGCUGUUGGCGGCGAUGGCACCCUUCUCCGGGCUAGCCAUUUUUUGGAUAGCUCAGUUCCUAUAUUGGGUGUUAAUUCAGAUCCUACUUGUACUAAGGAGGUUGAGGAGCUAACUGAUGAAUUUGAUGCAAGGAGGAGCACAGGGUAUCUUUGUGCAGCUACUGCAGGAAACUUUGAACAGAUACUUGAUGCAACGCUUGAUGGCAGUAGGCGCCCUUUGGAGCUGUCAAGGAUAUCGGUGAAACUAAAUGGAAUUCAGCUGCCGACUUAUGCUCUGAAUGAUAUAUUGGUGUCACACCCUUGUCCAGCAAGUGUGUCACGCUUCUCAUUUAGGAAAAGGAACAAUAUGGGAGAGACCUCGCGUUUAAUUAAUUGUAGAUCAAGUGGUCUGAGGGUCUCAACAGCUGCUGGAUCAACUGCUGCCAUGCUAUCAGCUGGAGGAUUUAUGAUGCCAUUAUCAAGCCGUGAACUUCAGUAUAUGAUAAGGGAGCCAAUUUCUCCAACAGAUGCUGACAAACCAAUGCUCCAUGGUUUUCUAAAGCAAGAGCAACACAUGCUUGUUGUAUGGUACAAUCAAGAGGGUGCUGUUUAUGUUGAUGGUUCACAUGUAGUGCAUUCAAUUCAGCAUGGGGACUCACUUGAGAUAUCCUCAGAUGCUCCAACCUUAAAAGUUGUUUUGCCAGAACAUUUGCUGAAGAAGGCACCUGAAUAGUGAAAUAACAAUGUUUAUGUGAUGUUCCUUAUCGAUUUUAUAUGAUAUAGGAGUUGAUCAGUGAGCUGAGUUAUUGGGUGCUUAAGCGAUAUCAAUUCAUGUUCAUGUAGUGACUGACAGUUAAAUGCUAUCAGAUGAAGCAUUAAUGAAAAAUUUGUGAGCUUUUAUUUGUAAAUAAAAGCGAAAGAAGGGUCAGAGCUCAGAGACAAUAGGGAGCUUCCAGUGCUGUACCAUGGUCAGCAUCUUAAUGAUUUGAAGUGGAUGCUACUAAAA